AUCUUCCAUUUACUUUCAUAACUCUUCUUCCUUCUACUUCUACUCUCUGUUUCAUCGGUCCUCGUUUUCCACCAUCCAUCAACUUGGCCAUGGCUUUGAACGCCUCUUCCACCGAAGCUAAUCUCGCCAACGCCAAGGCUUUUCUUACUGCCGCCGCCUCCUUGGCUGCCACCGUCGUCCUCGCUCGCUCCGUCGCCAACGACUUAUUGCCGCGCCAACUCCGGUCAUAUUUGUACAAUGGCUUCCGAGACAUCUUCAACCGAUUCUCCUCCCAACUCACCAUGGUCAUCGAAGAAAUGGACGGCCUCGGUCCAAACCAAAUCUACGAUGCCGCCGACACCUAUUUGGCCACCAAAGUCUCCCCCUCCACUCACAGACUCAAAGUCACCAAGCCCGAGAAAGAAGAGAGCAUCACCACCACCAUGGAAAGCAACCAGCAAAUUACAGAUACCUUCAAUGGCAUCCAAUUUCACUGGGUCCUCGUCUGUAGCCAAGUCGAGGGGCAGAAUUUCCACAAUCCUCGAUUGCCUUCCCGAUCCACCGUCCGAUCCUUCGAGCUCUGUUUUCACAAGAAACACAGAGAAAUGGUGCUCAAUUCCUAUUUGCCCCAUAUACUCCACAAGGCUAAAGAGCUGAAGCAGCAUUCUAAAACCUUGAAGAUCUACACCUUUGACUACCGUCAAAUGUACACAAAUAUUUCUAAUUUAUGGAUUCCGACCAAUCUCGAUCACCCUGCCACGUUCGAGAAGCUCGCCAUGGACUCUGAGAUUAAGGAUUUCAUUUUGAGGGAUCUCGAACGGUUUGUGAAGAGGAAAGAGUUUUACAGGAAGGUGGGUAAGGCAUGGAAGAGAGGGUAUUUGUUGUACGGUCCCCCAGGAACAGGGAAAUCGAGCUUGAUUGCAGCAAUGGCGAAUUACUUGAAAUUUGAUGUGUAUGAUUUGGAAUUAACAGAGAUCCAUUGUAAUUCUGAUCUUAGGAAAUUGCUAAUCGGAAUGGGGAAUCGUUCGAUUUUGGUGGUGGAGGAUAUUGAUUGUUCGACUGAGUUUCAAGAUCGUCAGUCGGAAACUGAAGAAGAAGAAAAACGAUCUUCUUCUAGGAGAAGAGGACUGGUGACGUUAUCGGGUUUGUUGAAUUUCAUUGACGGGUUGUGGUCGAGCUGCGGCGACGAGAGGAUAAUCAUAUUAACGACGAACCAGAAAGAGAAGUUGGAUCCGGCAUUGCUCCGGCCGGGAAGAAUGGACGUUCAUGUUCACAUGUCGUAUUGCAGUCCUUGUGGAUUUCGGCUUUUGGCGUCCAAUUAUCUUGGGAUUGAGAACCAUGAGUUGUUUUGUGAGAUUGAGGAGUCGAUUUUGAGCGCAAAAGUGACUCCGGCGGAGGUGGCGGAGCAGCUGCUGAAAGGGGACGACGACGAUAAAUCAUUAAGCGAUUUGUUGGACUUUCUCGAAGCUAAAAGAAGGAGAAAUGAAGAAGCGAAGGCCAAAAUCCUUCAAUCUGAACCGGAAGCUCCAGAGAAGGAGGAGAUGGAAGCAGAUAAUGAAGGGGAAGAAAAUGGUAUAGUGGCCCGAAGACUGAACUAAUAAUAACUUAAAUCUUUCAAAGAGAAAAAACAAAAACUAAUAAUAAGGUAAUUGUCCAAUUAUAAUGUACUAUAUAGUAAAUUCUUAAUUGCUCAAUCACAAUGUACCACUAUAUAUAAUGUAUUGCUAGUAGUACUUUGGUA